GGGCUAGAGGGGUUGGAGGGAGGAAAAAAGGAGAUCGGUGGAUUGAGUGGCUAGAGAGGUCGGAGGUAAGUGGCUGUUGAAGUCGGGCGGACCCGGAAUCCAGAGGAAUCGGGACGAUGACUUAUGCCUAUCUCUUCAAGUACAUCAUCAUCGGGGACACAGGUGUGGGGAAGUCAUGUCUCCUUCUGCAGUUCACAGACAAGCGGUUCCAACCUGUACAUGACCUCACAAUAGGUGUAGAGUUUGGAGCCCGUAUGGUCAACAUUGAUGGAAAACAAAUCAAACUGCAAAUCUGGGAUACGGCUGGGCAAGAAUCCUUCCGUUCUAUCACCCGUUCCUACUACAGGGGAGCAGCUGGUGCAUUGCUGGUGUACGACAUUACAAGGCGUGAAACCUUCAACCACCUGACUUCAUGGUUAGAGGAUGCCCGGCAGCACUCCAGCUCCAACAUGGUUAUCAUGCUGAUAGGGAAUAAGAGUGACCUAGAGUCCCGCAGAGAUGUUAAGCGAGAAGAAGGAGAAGCCUUUGCUCGGGAGCAUGGACUUAUAUUUAUGGAAACAUCAGCCAAAACAGCCUGCAAUGUUGAAGAGGCCUUUAUUAACACAGCCAAAGAAAUAUAUAGGAAGAUCCAGCAGGGUUUAUUUGAUGUCCACAAUGAGGCAAAUGGCAUCAAGAUUGGGCCCCAACAGUCAAUUUCAACACCAGUGGGAUCCAGCACCUCCCAGCGGAACUCGCGUGACAUAGGGUCCAAUUCUGGCUGCUGCUGAACAUCUGGCCUGAACUUUUUUUCUUCCUGGAACAGCUUCAGAUCAAUAGGCUUAAAGAAAGAAGUCUUACUUGUUUUGGGCUUCCUUGAGGAAGCUUUCAGUGGCUGACCUAGGGACUUCUAAGCAAUUAUUGACAAAGUACCCCUUAGCUUUCAUGUAUGAUGGUUAUUUGUAUGUAUAUUCAUAUGUAUAUUUAUUUGUAUGUAUGUUACUUUGUAAAUAUGUUUUGUAGUUGUUUUAUUUGUGGAAUCUGUCUUCCCAUAUAGGUUGUAAGCUCCUUGAGAGGAGGAUCCAUGCCAUCCUUCUAUUUUUAUAGACAACUUUCCUCAUCACUCCUUCACAGUGCCUAGUGCUGUUCAUUAUAUGAUCAUUGAAUUUGACAUACUUAAAAACUUAGGGUUUAUUUUAGACUUUAGAGGAAACAGAAGGCCUUAGAGCCAUCUCCUUGUAAUUCCUUUUUCUUUAUUAAAUGUGCUGUCUUAGUGAUUUCCCUUUUUUGGGUGGCUGGUCAGUAUAUGGAUCAAACCAUGGACCCUGGUGUUAUCAGCACCCCACUCUAACCAACUGAGCUAACCAGCCGGCAUCUCUUUGUAAUUCUAUCUCAAUCUCUUCCAUCUGCAUAGUCUAGGUUCUGUAUUUCUUUCUCCUCCUCUCCCACCUUGACCUGGUUCUUUGCCUCUAUUCCAUGCAGCAUACGGUAAGGCUGCCUGCUACCAAGCAGUCAAAUAAAUUGUUACUUCUUCAAACACUCUCCUUUUCAGAGCAUAAAAUACUGUCUUAGCCAAAUUUGCCUUUGCUUCACUCAUCAUGCAGCCUUCUGGGUCACUUGCCAUAUAUUUUUUCCUUAAUGUCUCAUUUUCUUCCACAGCAUUGAGGUCUCAUGAAUUUUUCUAAUUUUUUUUUUGUUGUAGAUGAAUUGUUUCAUGAUUAAAUAUAUGCAUGUAUCCAACCUGC